ACGCAUUCCCACUUCAUCACAGUGGGCCGCCAUGUCAGUCGAUGAUGGCGCCCAGGUCGCAGCUGAGUCGCCUCUCAAGAGGAAGAGAGACGGGCAAGACGAUCAGGCUGAAAGUAGCAACAAGACCAAAGCAGAGCCACCAUCAGCAUCAGCUUCAGCAUCGCAGCUAGCUUCUGGACUCAAGACAGCAUCGCCCGACACGCUGCGAAUCGCUUUGACAUCGCUCAGGCAGGCGACGCAAAUCCAAAGCGACGAGGAUCCUUUGACGAGUAUCGCAGCCAAGGACAAGCGCUUGCAAUUUGCUCGCGAAUUCCUUCAAGAACACAACGGACGAGAUCGCAUCUUUGAAGCAUGGCAGCGAGUCCACGAGACUGGCAUUGGGUCUCUCAUGCCUCUUCCCAUCUUCGUUCUCUCCAACCUCAUCACCCUCACCUCAGUCCAUCCCACAGAUAACGACCUCUCCCUUAGCCUCAUUCAGCCUAUAGCCCCAACCAAGUCGGCCGACGUUUCUGGCUCUUCGAGCUUCUGGAACCGGCUGCAUGGCUACCUGCUCAAUCCAACCUCACGCCAUGGGUCUCAACAGCAGCAGGGUGGCAGUGGUGGGUCGAGCGAGAUUCUCGUCGUUGCCAGCCUGCACGUCCUCACCAGCAUGGCCCGAUUCGAGAGCGGACGCUUUGCCCGCAGCAUCGUUGAGAAUUUGGCUUGGAACGCCAAGUCUGUUUUGCGACUGACGUCGAUGCGCAGACGGUCAGGCAAAGACCAGAAGGGCAAGGCAGGAGCGAGCGGUGCUCAGCCCAAGGCAGCGGCAACAUUCACUCGCCCAGAUAUCAGGCUGCUCUUCAUUCAGCUCCUGCUCGUCAUCCUGCAUCCGAGAAUUCUGCCCGAGAUUGACAGCGAGGGCAAGCAGCCUGAGAGCGUUGACUCUGGGGUUUCUCCCUCGACGAAGAUGCUUCUCAUCAACGCCGACCACGCACAGUCGAGUCUGUCGUCCAUCUUCAAGACACUGGCAGACGAUCCGCCCUCAGUGGUUCUGCACUUCCUGCACGUCCUUGACCGCUCUCUCUUGCUCGAUAGCAAGCUGCCUCGAGGAGCGCUCGUCUCGCUGGCCAAGAGCGUCGACCUCUUGAGCUCCCUUGUUCAGUUCGCAUCGAAAUCAAGCCAGGUCGAGAGGCUCGCAAUGGAGAUGCUACACAGGCUUUGCUCCCAGCCAGGUAGAGGAGUCUGUUUCAAGGACGCUGGAUGGUAUGGGAGGGCAGCACCGUCAUCUCGACCAGACGGCGAGGCCGAGCCGGGAUUGCUGGACGACGAUGAAGCACCGCGCCCGACCGACACUGCCAACCGCAGCUCAACGAGCGGCAUUCACAACCCCAUGAUCGGCUUCUUCAUCCAGUCUCAGCAGUUUUCGCCGCUUUACAACGACGCGCAUCGUGACUUGCUCAUGGCAAUCAUGCGAGCCGCACCCGAGUUACAGCCAGUCUUCUUCAAUUCGACGCGCACUGUUUUUGGUGCUGGCAGACUUGAGCCACCUCUUCCCGAAGCAGGUGCCCGAUUGAGCGGUCUAUUGGCCAAUCGGCUGAUGGGACUGCUACUAGAUCUGGGUCUGCCGCGAAUUUUUGACGCUACUCAGCCACCGGCAACAGGGAGGUUGAUUUCAGCAGUCUUCCCUCACACACUUGCGAGAGCCAAUCUCAUCAAAGGAUUGCGUCACCCGGACAGGCUAGUGCGAUGGAGCACGCUUGACCUGCUCAGCCGCCUCCUUGGGCGGGUCGGACGGAUGCUCGCUGUAUGCGCACGCUUCGCUCGUCAAGACGAGGGGUGGCAGCAAGCAGGUCGUGCUUUGCUGCGCGAGUGUGCGAAGCGCCUACCUGACCUCUCGACGAUCAUGAGCGCUUCGGAGCAGAUCGCUACGCCCGCGAAAGGCAAUAGUACAGCCACUGCCCCAUCGACGUCUGUGACGCCGCAGGAGAAGGCGACAGCAGGAAAGAUCGACUGGGUCCUCCUGGAAGGCUCGCUCCGCUCCGGCCUGCGGUACAUGCGUCUCACUCGUCGACGUUUCGGUGGCGGGGGAGUGAGUCCGCUUAGCUCAGGCGGAUACGACUUCCGUAACCUGCUAUCUGCUCCCUACCUCACCAACGCCUUUGUCAGUGAAGACGCCAGUGAAGCAAAGGAGCUCUUGCCCCUCAUUCAGCUCCACGCCAUCAAGAUGCUCAGACUGGCAAAGCUACAGCUCGCCUCGACCAGCGGGAGCGACAGUGUACUCGCACAAGUGGUCGAGCUCCUCAUGUCGCCAGAGAAUUCGCCUGAGGCGCGUGCAGAGGCGGCGAGCUUGCUGAAGGAGGCGUUCGGAUCAGUAGCUGCCGACGAUCCGUCAGCGUCCAGCGCAGCGCUCACCUUCGAAGGCGAUCAGGGAGAGUUCGAAGCUUGGAUUGCAGCUUUGCCCACUGGCCAUGAUGAGACUGCUCGCGCUCGCCGUGCUACUGCCGUCGCGCUGCUUGAAGAGUGCCUCUCGCGCUGCUCGAAGAACACUUAUCGCUAUCUGGAGGCUGCGCGCUCCUUCAACACCGAGCUUGAAGAGAGCGAUACCCUCUGCGUGUCGCCUUUGUUUGCUACUUUCGCUGAGCAGCUUGCCAUCAAGAUGGAGAAGGGGCUGUUCCCAAAUGGAAAUGCGCAAGAAGCCGUGCUGCAGUAUCUUCGUCGGCUCAUGCCGCUGCUGAUCGGCAGAAGCAGGCCAGGAGCUCAAGGCGCGAUGCUCGCAUUCCAGGGCAAGCUAGUGGACAUUGCAGCUGCGAAGGCUUUCGAGGAGAAGCAGGUAGCCACCAUCAAGGGCACAAGGAGCGUCAUCGAUUGGGGCUCUGCUCUCGAGGAAAAUGAGAGUAAAACCGUGCGCGCCGAGACUCUGUCGGCCAUCGGCUUCGACCCUGAGGACCCAGCAUCCUACCCGUCGCUGCUUCUUGCAACUCCUUCUGCUCUCUCAGAAGCAAGCGCCCUCCCUCCCUGCAUUCUCCUGAUGCAAGCGCAUCGCCACCUAGCGAGCAGCCAUCGCAGAGCUGGCAAGAAGAGCAAGUCAAAAUUGGCAGUAGAUCACGUUAUCCUCCUCACAGAAGAUGCGCCAAUGGCCAAGCUCUCCCUCCGACUCAUCGCAGAGUUGCUUGCGCUGCCCAAACGCACGCCCGAGGUGAACGCUCUGCUCUUACGCUGCCUCGAUCACACUCUGGCUGCUGCAGACCUGCCUUCUUCAUCGCUGGGUCAGGUCUUCUUCGACCUCCCUCAGCUACGAGACGCUGUGGAACACUGCGACGCCAAGCUCCUGGCUGCGUUUGCAAAUAUCCUCGCAGAGCGUCUCGACAGCGCGAGGGCAGGCGUGCUACGCGACUGGGUCUCGUCUUGUGCGGACAAGCAUGGCCUGAGCGCCGUCACUCGACCUCUGGUGCCAUUCAUGGACGACAUUACGCUGGACCGUCUCUGGUCAACCAGCUUGCAAGGCGACCUCAUUACGGGUGGAGUGGAGGAGCUGCGGAUGCUCAGAGAGAUUGAUGCUCUGCGCCACACGUCGAGUCAGAGCGCGGACGCUGCUCAGCUUCUUGCCUUGGGAAGCAAAUUGCUCGCCCACGAUGGAUCCCGCGAAGAGUUGGUAGCUCUACUCCUUUCGAUCGUUGGAAAAAGUCAAGCAAGCAACAGCUCCAAUGACCACGCCCGCGCGUAUCUCUCUGCUCAGGCCUCAGUGGGCAAACUCGACCUGCAAUGGCUCACGCCAGACUUGCCCGGAGCUGACGCUCUGCAGUCGCUCCUAAUCUACCGCUUUCAUGAUGGUCUCGAGCUCCUCAGUUCUCAAUUGGCGACCAAGUCUGGAGGACAAGACGUUGCAAAAAUGGUCGAGAGCAUGCCAUUGUCAGUGCUGGCUUGGUUGGAUGUGCAGUCGAUCCUUUGCGAGGCAAGUGACUGCGGCACCGCUCUGCAGUUGGACGAGCUCGCCUCGCCGCUGGCGUCCCUGGCCUUCCACCCAGACCCGACUCGGAGCGUGGUAGCAGGCGAUGCUCUAGGGCUGCUCUACCUCCUCUCCUCUCGCCAAGCCGACAAGACCCUGCCGUCAUCUGUGCUCAGUGUCGUCCUCUCCGUCAUCCCGAAUAAGCCAGGAGAUGCCUUCACCGCUGGCGCUCUUCGUUUCGGCGCCUCCUUGCUUUCAUCCAGCAAGACUUCGUCGACAGAUGCUGUCAACAUUGCCCAGCGUCUUUUAGAGCAGUCUCUCCUUUGGCUGGUUCGCCGCUUCGCAGAGGAUGAAGAAGAUUCUCCUAGCCUCCUUACGGCAAUCGAUGCCUUCGGCUCCCUCCUCUACCGUUGCGCCGCUGUUGGCGGCCAAGCAAAGCCAGUACCACACCUAGCGGACCCAGCCAUCGAAGCUGCAUUUAAGCGUCGGUUGACACAGAGGAAGCAGAUGGAUAUGGUGCGCUUGCUCGUCUUGACGACGGACCUCAAGCCCAGCUCGGCAGCGGCCCACACAGCGGCUUUGCUUGCUCAUUCGCAGUUCAGGACUGCCGCUGCCGAGGGUGCAGCCUCACGAGGAGUGCUGGUCUCCAUUCUCCACUCGCUGGCAUCACAGCACGCAGAGCAGGUGGUGACGCCGCAAAAUCUGCAGGCUCUGCUGGGCAUUUACGGCGGGACCAUGUCGCUUCCUGAUCGACAGUUAUUUGACCUCUUUCAGAUGGCAGGGGAGCGCCUUGGAAGAGGCUUGUUCCCUAGUCUAGCCCGCAGCUGGUCUGCUGACGGCACACGCGGUGGUCAAUCAUCGACGACUGCACUUGACGCUCUCCUGUCACUCGACAGCGGUCGUGCCUUUUCAACCUGCGCAGCCUUCCCUCGCGACCGUGCCUUCGAGCACCUCUCAGCCGGCGCAGUGCCUUCAGGCAGCAACGACACUUACGAUCCUCUCUGGGUCCUGACCCUUCUCAGCGGAGCUAUGCAGCAGCAGAGUGGCGACCUGCGUAUUACUGGGCUCGAGUGGCUCGCCAUCGUCCGUACCAACGCCCUGGGAGUGGCCAUUGUCUGCCUCAGCUCCAAGCAGGCCAGCACGCGCAACACUGCAGCAAACGUGAUCGCUCGAGCUUACGCGGGGAUCUCGGGCUCGGACGUUCAAGAGAAGCAGCACCUCAUGCUCAAUAUGGACGUGGUUCGCUCCCUCCUUUCUGCCUCGCAACAGGAAGAGGAGGCUGCACCUCUUCCCCUCACCACUACCCUCUUCCUCGCGCACCACCUGCGACUCGUCGGCUCUCCCUCAUCCGUUCUCUUCCCCCCAGUCUCUCGCUUCCUGCUGCAGCGACCGACGUUCGACAGCACGGAUGUGCCGAUGCUGUAUGCCACACUUCAGUCGACCGAUCCGGAUCACUGGAGGGCGCAUCGUCUCUGGAUGCUGCGCUUCUUGAGGGAUGUGAGCACAGCGGGUGGCGUUGGGUUGGAAUGGCGGGUGUUGAAGAGGCGCUACGUCUGGGAUCUAUUGGCCAGUAUGUAUACCGCACUCAAGAGGGCGGCAGGAGCUUUCGAUGGGGCGAGCAACGGCGGUGAGGAGGCCGAGGGGUCGUCUUCAACUGCUCCGAGUGUCACAAGACAGACGCUUCGCCUCGUCGAAGAGACUAUGCUCGCGCUCGUGAACAAGCCGCGUGUGGCCAGCGAGCUGCUGACGCGCAAGGGCCUGUUGACGUGGAUACUGCAGCAGAUUACGCUCGAGGGAAAGGGCAGGCCAGGCAGGCACGCUGCUACCUUCGAGUCGAAUAGCAUCGAAGCAGGGAACGAGCAGCUAGACCAGGACCACGUUGAGACAGCAGAGCAGGAGAUCGAUGCCAACUUCAAACUACUGCUCUUACGCCACGCCCUCGGAGACAAGCCUGAGCUCUGGGACCGUUUAGACCGCACCAUGGCCGACGUCAGCUGGACAUCAACGGUGCUGGCCAUUCUUGACGGCAUGGAGGACUCUUACUCAUCUACGCGUCACUUCAUCGAGGUGCUGUGUAUUGUAGCCAUGCGCCAGGCUAGCGACAUCUCCGGCUCGUCUAGAGGUCUACUGUUGCGUCUACUAGGCGAAGCUGUCGCUGGUCUGCAGGCGCGAUCGAGCGCAUCAACGAGGUCUGCCCUGAAGGGUGAGGUGUCUAUUCUGGCCGGCAAAAUCUUGGAGAGCCUGUUGACCUUGCGAGAAGGUGAAUCAGAGGAGCAGAAUAGGCGGCAGAUCGGGGCUUACUUUGCACAAGCUCUCGGACUCGCAGUAUCGGGGGAUGAGCAGAGAUGGAGACGAGAGCAUGUGAGGAUGUUGCAUUCGUGACCAGACGACAAGGAUGUAUUUUGCAAUGCUAUCAUGAGCUUUCCCCGGGGU